CUGGAAGAUCUUGCUGUUUGGUGCAAUAAAUGUAGUAUGUACUGGUUUCCUGCUUAUGUGGUGUAGUUCUACAAACAGCAUAGCUAGCUAUAGCGAUUGAACAUGUCAAGUACUACAAGGCUGGCAAGCUGAGGAAACAGGAACCACUUUCUGGAAAGAUCUUUAUUAUCUGCCAACAGUGGACUUGGGCUGUCUAAGAGCCUCCUCAGUUAUGACUCUGCCAAAUAAUAUAACUUGCAUAAUCACCACAGAGACGACUUUGACACCUCCACCUCAUCCAAGUAACAAUUCAACUAGGAACCAGGCUUCUCCAAGAGCCAGUGAAUCUCCAAAGGGUGACUGUUUGCUGCUUUAACUGCAUAUACCUAUCUAACAAUCUUUGAUCUUUUCAGCUUAAUAACAUGUUUAAUAAGUUAUUGGGUAAUGAUGAAGAAGCCCAGUCCAUCGUAUUCAUUUGGAUUUGAGAGAUUUGAAGUCCUAGCAGUAUUUGCUUCCACGGUUCUUGCACAGCUUGGAGCACUUUUUAUACUUAAAGAAAGUGCUGAACGAUUUCUUGAACAACCAGAGAUUCAUACGGGUCGAUUGCUGGUUGGUACCUUCGUAGCACUCACUUUCAACUUGUUCACCAUGCUUUCAGUUAAGAAUAAGCCUUUUGCUUAUGUGUCUGAAGCUGCAAGUACAAGCUGGCUUCAGGAACAUGUUGCAGAUCUCAGUAGGAGCUUGUGCGGUAUCAUUCCUGGACUGAGCAGCAUCUUUCUUCCACGCAUGAAUCCAUUCAUCUUGAUUGAUCUUGCUGGGGCUUUAGCUCUUUGUAUUACAUACAUGUUAAUUGAAAUUAAUAAUUAUUUUGCAGUUGAUACUGCCUCUGCAGUAGCUAUUGCCUUGAUGACAUUUGGUACCAUGUAUCCCAUGAGUGUCUACAGUGGAAAGGUAUUGCUUCAGACUACACCACCUCAUGUGAUUGGACAGCUAGAUAAACUUAUCCGAGAGGUUUCUACUUUGGAUGGAGUUCUAGAAGUUCGAAAUGAACACUUCUGGACAUUGGGGUUUGGUUCCCUGGCUGGAUCAGUUCAUGUGAGAAUUCGAAGAGAUGCCAAUGAACAGAUGGUACUUGCACAUGUGACAAAUCGGUUAAAUGCGUUAGUAUCUAUUUUGACUGUUCAGGUUUUCAAAGAUGACUGGAUCAGGCCUGCAUUGGCCACUGGACCUAUUGGAAACAAUAUGCUGAACCUUUCAGAUCAUUACAUUAUUCCAAUGCCGCCUCUAAAGGCAGCAGAAAAUUCCAACCCUGCUACAUCCACUCCAACUAAACCAAGCACCCCACCUCCAGAAUUUGCUUUUAACACGCCAGGUAAAAAUAUGAACCCGAUCAUUCUCAUGAAUACUCAGACAAGGCCCUAUGGACUUAACUUCAACCAUGGAACUGUACCUUACAGCAGUGUCUUCACUCAGGGCUUUGGAUUGCCAGGAACGGGGGUAACCCAGGGAUUCAGGACUGGCUUCAUCAAUGUUCCCCAGAGAUAUGGAACUGGCACUCGAGGUCAAUCCAGACCCUAAUAAACUAUUUCUAUAU